AUGGAAAAAAUGUUAUCAUUGUGGAUUGAUGAUGCCCAUCAAAAAAAUAUGCCUGUAUCACAAGCAGCCAUAUGCGAAAAAGCACUGUUGAUUUUUUCUAAUUUGAAGGCGCAAGAAAACACAGACGAAACUUUCUUGGCAAGCACUGGGUGGUUCACGAGAUUCAAAUCUCGAACCAAUAUAUGUAGCACCAAACUAAGCGGCGAAGCAGCGAGCGCUGAUGUAGCAGCAGCAGCAGCUUACCCCCAAAAGUUUCAAGAAAUUGUGGAACAAGGGAAAUACCCUGCAGAUCUCAUCUUCAACGUUGAUGAAACAGGCCUCUAUUGGAAGAAGUUGCCAUCGAGAACGUUUAUUUCGCGAGAAGAACGUAGCGCUCCUGGAUUUAAAGCCGCCAAGGAUAGAUUGACUGUUCUGUUGGGAUCAAAUGUUUCUGGUUCCUUAAAAUUUAAGCCAAUGGUAGUGUACCAUUCCCAGAAUCCACGGGCUUUUAAAGGUCUUGACAAAAGCUCCCUGCCAGUUUUUUGGAGGUGGAAUAAAAAGGGCUGGGUCACUCAGGAAAUUUUCACAGACUGGUAUAAAAAUUAUUUUUGCCCUACUGUACUUAAAUUUUGUGAUCGAAAUAACCUUCCAAAAAAAGCAAUCCUCCUAUUAGACAAUGCCCCAGGACAUCCGAAAAAUCUUGACACCUUAGACACGGGAUUGGACGUCAAGGUAAUUUACAUGCCCCCUAACACAACCUCCGUUUUACAACCCAUGGAUCAGGGGGUAAUUUCUACCUUUAAAGCGUAUUAUUUGCGCUUAGCAUUAAAAGCAAUGAUUAAGGCGAUAGAUACUAAUUCCAAUCAGACCGUUAAAGAUUAUUGGCGAUCAUACGACAUUUUAAAAGGACUACAAAAUCUAAAAUCUGCUUGGAACGAAGUGACAAAAAAUUGUUUAAAUGGCGUUUGGCGUAAACUUCUGCCUGGAUUUAUACAAGGUGCAAGUGUAGAAGUGGUAAAUAACAUAAACGAAGACAUUAUCAAGUUUACACGCGAAUGUGGAUUCGAAGACGUAACAACUGAAGAUGUGACCGAACUGUUAGACGUGCAUGACCAACCACUCUCAAAUCAAGAAUUAGAAGAAUUGAUGGAGGCAUAUGAUCGCCCUCAAUCAGAAAAUCCCGAAGAAGAAGGUGAUGAGGAAGAAAAUGAUAGGAAAAUCCUAAAAACGGACGAUCUAACUCGUAUCCUUUCCUCUAUAGAAAGGUUAACAGCUGAGCUCUGUGAGAUAGAUGGGGAUUAUAAUCGAAGCGCAAACGUUAAAAGAAGUGUCACAGCUGCCGUUCGACGUUAUGCUAUGAUUCUGCAAGAAAGGAAGCAACAAUCAAAGCAAAUGAAAUUGGAUGCUUUUUUCAAAAAAGUGUGA